CGUGAUCAUCUCUUGUUCCGCCCCGCCCAAUAAGACUGUCAAACUCUGAGCCGUUGUUUCUCAUGGAUAGAUCAUUAUGAAUAUGUAUGUGGAUUUUUAUAUCUUGCAGGCUUUUUGUGCAACAACCUUAUUUCCUACAUCAGAGAUACAUCACAGACGAAAUAUCAUGUUUCUGGGAGCUCUUGUCGCCCCUGUUUGUUACUGACUUUGUGCCCACUUUCUCUCUUGUGCCUAAGUGGAGGGACCCACUCCAAAGCAGUGCUUUUGUUAAGAGAUGGGACUGUGCUGGCAGAGACAUUGGGGCCAUGCACCAACCACUGGCUGAUCGGAGCUGACAAAUGUAUUGAAACCAUCAACGACAUGAUCCAGAGGGCCAAGAGUCAGGCAGGACUUGACCAAAACAUUCCACUACGUUGUCUGGGUAUGUCUCUGAGUGGAGGUGAUCAGAAGGAGGCCAACGUUAAACUGACUGACCUUAUGAGAGAACUUUUCCCCAGUCUUAGUGAACACUACUUCAUCACUACAGAUGCCGUUGGCGCCAUGGCAACAGCCAGUAAUCAAGGAGGUGUGGUCCUGAUAUCAGGAACUGGCUCAAACUGCAAGUUAGUCCAUCCUGACGGCUCUCAGAUUGGCUGUGGAGGCUGGGGUCACAUGAUGGGUGAUGAAGGGGGAGCAUUCUGGACUGCUCAAUUGGCGGUGAAGACAAUAUUUGACGCCAGAGACAACCUAGUUUCGCCUCCUCACAACAUCACACAUGUUCGAAAAGCCAUGGAGGAGUACUUCCAGGUGACAGAUCUCGUGGGCAUGCUGCCACACCUCUACACAAAAUUCCAGAAGUCUCACUUUGCGGGUUUCUGCAAAAAACUGUCUGAGGGUGCAGAAGCCGGGGAUGCCCUCUGUCAGUAUGUGUUCAUCCAGGCUGGCAGAGCCCUGGCGAAACACGUCAAAGCCGUAUUACCUGCAGCACAGGAGUCUUUAUUUAGUGGGGACCUUGGGCUGCCCAUCCUUUGUGUGGGCUCUGUGUGGAAGAGCUGGUCUCUCUUGAAGCCGGGGUUCACUGAGGUCCUCCAAGAAGCCUCAUCUUCGGGCAAGUUUAGUGACCGUUGCCGUGGAUACAGUCUCCUCAUGUUGAAGCAGUCCUCAGCCUUCGGAGGUGCCAGCCUUGGGGCCCAAAGUAUAGGUGACGCCAUAGUUAUGGAUUACGGAGCCAACGCUCAAGUCUUCUAUCAACACACCUUCAGCAGUAGCCAAUAAAACAAUCAAUUCCCAACUAUAAUACUGUAAUUAUGACUACAAUAAUGACUGUGGAACAGUUUUGAUGAACGUGAUUUGAUCUGACUCCAUGUAUCAGGACAGGGGGUAAAUAAUUCAGCUUUCCUCUUAUUUAAAUACUGCUUUGCAUCUUUUGUGACAAAAGAAUUGCUUAAAAAUUGAAUUAACUUCCAGAACAUUUUUGUACUUCUGAACGGUAAUCAUUAAUGGAAAAAUAAAAAUGAUGAUUUUGCAGA